GCCUCGAAGUGCUAAUGUUACUCCUCGCUCUUCUUUUUUUGACAUCACAUCCCCGCACUUUAUGAGUUCCUCCUCCAUCCCAGCCAUUUUAUAUUCAUAUUUCUAUCGUCGUUCUCCCGAUUCUGUUCAUUCAUGAACGAACACUUCUUUUAUAUCCUCUGCCAACUAAUACAUUUCAUCGUCAGUACAUACUCAUCGUUCCCCUUCAUUUUCAUCAGUAAAUCUACACUUUGUUUGACUCGAUCAAUCUCCAUUCCCGUCCAAAUUCACACAGUUGGUCUUCGCUUUCCCUCCACAAGCAUGUUCAUUCAGCAACUACUUGUCACAAUUAUCGACAUCGUCUACGAUUGCACGCUGUCCGUCGCACAGCAUCCACUCCUUUAACCGUCUUUUUUUGGCAUUGUCGUAUUGCAAAGUCGCAUAUAUCUACAUUUCUUCAAUUCUAAAUUCUUUUGAUUUUCAGUUUAUUUUUAUUCUUUCAGUUUUCUUUCUUUUUCGG